AUGGAGGAUGGGAUCUCCGAUCUCGAGAUCGAUCGGGGUGUCCUGCGGUGCCUCCCCAACAGGUGCAGGCACGGGCGCCUUCAGCGGCCGCAGCUCGCGCUGUGCGGGGCGUGCUCGCAGCCCCUGCACGGCGUUUGCAUGCGCGCCGCCGCCGCGGUGGACUCGCGGUGCCCUCUGUGCAGGGCAGAGCUGGGCUCGGUCGGCUACGCCGUCGGCGGGGUGACGAGCCGGCCUCCCCGCAGCCGGUUCCGCGGGAGCGACCAGGAUAUCCCCCCCGGGCAUUCGGCCGCAUCCGGGACAUCAUGCUGGACAUGCAGAGCCUGGGCAGGGGGAUAG